AUGAAUGACACCUCAUCUUUCGAAAAUGGUCCGGACAGUGUUCAAACACCAGCCACUCGUUCUUCUGUUCAACGGCGACGUGCACAUUCUCGUGUAUCAGUCAAAAUACGAUCCGAUCGUUCGCUUCACCGGACUCAUUCGGGUGGCGUUAAUGUACCCUGCGAUGGAUCGCCUAUACCGCGAAGGUCAAGUACGAGAAGAAAACAAAGUUCGUCUGUCAAUAAACGUUUUACACCGAUUGUUGAUCCGCACAAUGUUGAAAUGAACAAUCAAGAAACGGAUGAGGAGACUACAUAA